GCGUUAUAGGUUAUUUGCACGAUUUUAGGAUAGAUUCUGUGAUAGUACUAUCUUAAAUCGUGGUUAUUAGUUAUUACCAUUUACCUUUAUAGUCGUGUUCAUACUUUAUGUUUCCUUAUCUUUUAAAUGAAGAUUGAAGUUUCAACGUCUAAGAUUGUGCUAAAAAUCUAAAAUUUGAAUGUAAAUGGUUACCUUUUAUUAGUACACAGCGUAUGUCGGGUGUCCGUUUAUUCUGUAGUCUGCAGAGUAUGUUGUAACUUAAUAUGAAAUAUAUGUGUAUAAUAUGUUUGAUAAACUACCGCAAUUAAAUUUAAAAUCAUACAAGUUGUACAUUACUUCAUACAUUUUUUAUAGAACAAAAUAUUAGCCAAGAAAGAAACCCUGAAAUUAAUGCUUUAGCAGAUGUUUCUUCGGUAAAUAAAUGUAACAUGGAUAAUGAUCUUGUAAUAAUGAAACCUAAAAAGAAAAAAAAUCAUAAUAAAAGUUUAAACUCAAUACAAAUAAAUCCCAAUAACGGUGUACAUUAUAGAACGCAUGAAAAAGAUAAUGAUCAUAAUAUAAAUGAUUCUGAUUCUACGGAAAAAAAGAUGUCUGAAUUAAAUACUUUAGCAACUAAGAAACCUAAAAAGAAUAAAAAGCACAAUAAAAGUUUAGAUAUGAACUCAGAUAUCAAUGAAGCAGAAUUCACAUCAUUUGAGAGAACUAGUGUUGAAGUUGGUGAACAAAAUAUUAAUGAUUCAGAUUCUAGAGAAAAUGUUAAAAAAUUAAGCAGUAAGAAGAAAUAUAUUAAAAGCUUAAAUUUAAUAGAAUCAAAUUUAAUUAAUGAUGCAGAAAUCAACAAAUCAUUAGAAGGAACUUGUAAAGAAGUCAAUGGACAAAAUAUUAUUGAUUCUUAUUCUAGGAAAAAUGUAAACCGAAAAAGAAAGUCUGAAAUGAAUGGUUUAGUAGAUAUUUCAUUGAGUGAUAAUUGUAGCAUUGAUAAUGAGUAUGUUCCAACCAAAAAAACAAAAAAGGAGAAAAAUCACAAUGGAAGUUUAAAUUCAAUAAAAUUGAACACGAAUCAUAGUAAAGAAAUCCAAGCAUUUGAAAGACCGUUUGUUAAUGAUUCUAAUAAUAGCAAUGUUGUCCAAAUAAUAAAGUCUGAACUAAACGUGUCAUCAAAUAUUUCAUUGAAAAAUAAAUGUAGCAUGGAUAAGAAUAAUGCUGUUACUAAAAAAUCCAAAAAAGAGAAAAAGGAUGAUAAAAGUUUAAACUCAAUAGAAUUAAAUACCAAUAUUGAUGCAUAUUUCAAAAAUGAAAAAAAUAAUGAACUAAAUAUUAAUGGUUCUGAUUCUAAGGAAAAUAAUAUAAUCCCAAAAAUAAUUUUUGAAGUGAAUGCUUUAGCAGAUAUGGGAAAUGAUUGUAUCAAUGGUAGUGAGAAUAUUCCAACUAAAAAGAAGAAAAAGAAGAAAAAUCAUAAUAAAAGUAUAAAUAUGAUAGAAUUAGAUACUAUUAAUGAUGCCGAUUGCUAUACAUAUGAAAAAAAUAAUGAACAAAAAAUAAAUGAUUUACCAACUAAAAAACCUAAAAAGAAGAAAAAUCAUGAUAAAAGUUUAAACUCAAUAGCAUUAGAUCCAAAUCAUGAUAAAGAAAUCCAAAUGCUUCAAGAAACGCAUGAAGAAGUAAAUGGUUCUGACUACAGAGAAAAUGUAAACCAAAGAAUAAAAUCUAAAUUAAACACCUCAACAGAUAUUCUUUUGGAAAAUAAAUGUAGUAUAGAUAUUGAUAAUGUUGCAAUUAAGAAACGUAACAAGAAGAAAAAGCAUAAUAAAAGUUUAAGCUCAAUAAAAUUCAAUACCAAUAAUGAUACAUAUUUCAGACCAUAUGAAAAAAAAAAUGAGCUAAAUAUUAAUUGUUUUGAUUCCAAGGAAGAUAAAGUUCAAAAAAAAAUGUCUGAAAUGAAUGCUUUAGCAGAUAUUUCACUGGGAAAUAAUUGUAACAAUGAUACUGAAAAUAUUCUAGCUGAAAAUCAUAAUACAAAUUUAAAUAUAAAUAUCAACCACAAUACUGAAUUCAAAACAUUUGAAAAAAUCUACAAAGAAGAUAGUGAACCAACUGAACCAAGUAUGAAUGAUUCUGAUACUAAUGAAUUAUCAUCUGCUCCACUGGAAAUUAGUUAUGGCUUAGAUACUGAAAAUAUUGCAACUAAGGAAUCUAAAAAGAGGAAAAAGCACAAUAUUUUAAAAACUGUGAUUUCAGACUGUACUGAUGAAAAUAAAAUGCUUUCCCAACCUAACCUAACCUUUCCAACGAUUUCCCAAAACCAGUGUGAACUAAAGACUCUGCUAAAUUCUAUAGAAAAAUAUAAUGUUGAAGAAUCAUCUACUAUUGAUAAAACCAACUUUAAUUUAAAGCAGUUUAAUUUAAUAAAGUACCUAACAAAUAAAGAUCCUUCACUAAAAAAUCAUCCUAAUUUUAAACAAAUAAAUGAGUAUUUGUCUAAAAAGAUCAAGCUAACCAUAAAUACAAAAUGUGAAGUAGGAGCAUCAGAUAUUUUAUUACUGAAAACAGUUGGAAACAUUAUUUUGAAAAAAAUUGUUGAAAAAAUUGAUUCUGCACAGGAUAUAAAAGAUUUAGUAAUUGAAUUACCAGCUGAAUGUCAGGAAAAUAAAAUUCAUUUUAUGGAGACUACUUUAAGUAGAUUACCAAAUAAACUCAAAAUGGAUAUUAUAAAGAAGCACAAUCCUCUGAUAAAACUAAGAGUAUUUAAUGAAGAUGAAGAUAGAAUGAUUCGGGAAUAUUGGUCAAAAUUUCAAAAGGAAUACAAUAUUUCAAAUAUUCUACCAUUCUUGUCUAAUGGUGUGGAAAUGGCUUUGAGCCCUAAUGAAAGAUUACAAUUUAUUCGUUAUAUAUCAGCUGGACUCCCUAACCGAUUGUUGUAUUCUGUUUUUAAUAGAUUCAAUAUUCUGUUUAAUGAAUACCAAGACAAAACAAGUUUUAGUGAAGAAGAAGACCAAUUAAUUAUAAAAGUAGACAAAUGUGAUGCGAUCAGAAACAAAUUUUCAGUAUUAAGUUUAAUUUUAAACAGAACUAGAUUACAGCUUUAUAGAAGAAUUGAAGUUUUAAGGAAUCAACAUAAAGAAUUUAAAAAAGUUAUUUGGGAUGAUCAAAAGCGACAAGAACUAUUUACAAAUAUUCUAUUAGAAACAAAUACAGAACACUGGAAACAUUUGAAAAGUCUGACAAUAACAAAAGAUAUAUGGAUUACAAUUGCAAAAAACCUUGGUGACGAUUUUACGUAUAAAAAAGUUAGAUAUCAAUGGAACUAUUUAUAUACAAUGUUAUUUUGUGAAAAACCUAUUUUAAUGUCAACAUUCAACUUAACUACAUUGAAAUUAUUAAAACAAAUUAAUGCCAAGCAUUGGUCAGAUUUGGAUUGGAUAGAAAUAACAAAUAAAUUGUAUCCAGGUGCAAAUAGUAAAGUUAUUUGUACGUUUUUUCAUUCUUGGAUUGAUAGGAAAGUACCAUCAAAGAUUAAAGGAAACAUUCAAGAUACUUUGAAUUAUUUGCAAUGCCACGAAGUGGAUAAAUUAAAAAAACGAAUUGAUAAACACGGUGAAAGAGAAUUUCCUAGGCUUACAGUUAAACAUUUUGAUUUAUUAGUUAAUAAUCAAUAAAAAAUUAUUGAUUGAUA